UGACGACUGUUUCAGGACUCGUUGGACGUGCUUGCAUCUCUCAGAUCAGUGUCACUGACGACACCCUUUCACAAGGUGGGCUGAGUUUCACCGGAACAGACAGCAGCGCAGCCUUGAUGAUUUCCCUGCCUUGCCUUGCCUGCAGGUGGUGUGGAGCGACUGUGAGUGAAGAUAAUAUGUCAGGAGCCCUGACCCAAGACCUCGUUCGUGUCCUACAAGGCCUCCGCCGGGUGGCAGGAGUGGUCGUCGAGUCGCCCGCACUGACCGCCCCGCAGUGGCGCAGAUUCGACCCCUCACGCUUGAACGGCGACGCCCAGCUCAAGGCAGAUGAGUCGGCCCAUGAGUCAGCGGGGUCCGAAGAGGCGGCCUUCACGGCAGCGGGCUACGUGCAGAUGGCCGAGUCGUUCAACCCAUCACUGGCACGGCAGCUGCGGCGGCGGGAGCCGCCUGCACACGCCAUUAGCUAUGUGCAGCACCAUGAGGAGGAGCACUACGGCGCCGCCAGCGAUGAGCGGUGGGUGGACGACGGUGGCCCGGCUGUGAGAGUGGAGGAGUAUCAUGAUCAUGGUGUGGAGUUCGAGCCCAUCCCGUCAGCUGCUGCGGAUCAUCAUCUUUCUGACGAGCCGGCGUCGGGGGUGCGGACAGACAGCGCGGACAACAAUGGGCAUGAGGUGCCUGAGGCGGCCGCGUACUCGUCCUUCUCUGUCCCGCUACAAGCGUCACGCCGCGCCGAUCUAUCGGCAGUAUCAUCAACACCGGCAGCGGCAGCGUCAUCGCGGCCGCCGUCGUCAAGUGAUGUGUCGAGCCACCACCAUGACGUUGAUGCGUUCGUCAACGAGGGCGGCUCGUCGACGUCAGCCUCAUCGUCUGCUGUGGCCGCUGGCCACCCCCGUGUGUAUGAGAGCAGCCCGGCCCCGGCAGGCUUUGAGCCGCGAGAGAUCGCCGUCCCUUCGCACCCCAUGUCGCGCGUCAUGCACUUUGGCGGCCUCUUCAUGGGUUUGGCUGCCGGCACCCUGGCCGAGUCUGUCCGGCGAGUCUCUCGGGUGAGUGAGUGACUGAGUCAAUGCCCACAGACAGCCAGAAGACGCCAGCUGUGGAUGUUGCGGUGGUUAGGGUGAGGACACAGGCGACCUGCGGUCCCGCGUGUUGAGCCCGCAGAACGCCGAGAGGAUAUCUCUGACGCUGGCCAAGAUGAGAGGCGCGGCACUCAAGCUGGGCCAGAUGCUCAGGUAGGGACACAGGCACAUGGGCACAGACAGACACACAGGUCGAUGGAGAGAGAGAGAGUGGCCCACAGUGGUGUGUAUGUGUGUGUGUGUGUGUGUGUGUGUCUCUGGUUGGUGUCAGUCUGCAGGAGGAGUAUCUGCCUCCCAUCCUCAGAGAUGCCGUGCAGAGGGCCCGGUGAGGGAGGGAGGGAGGGAGUGAGUGAAUGCCUUCCUGCCUGCCUGCCAGCUGUGCGGAUGGGUGGUGGCUGUGUGCUCGUGUGGUGGUGAUUCCUCUGUCCGCAGGAACUCAGCCGACAUUAUGCCCAAGAAGCAGCUGCAUGGGGUGUGGUGAUGGAGAGAGGGAGGGAGAGGCAAGGGGCAACACACAGGCGCACACACCACUCGUCUGUGUGGGUCUGCAGGUGAUGGAGAAGGAGCUGGGUCGCCACUGGCGCUCCAAGUUUGCGAGGUUCAACGAGAUCCCCAUUGCUGCCGCAUCCAUCGGACAGGUCAGUCAGAGAUCCAUAUCAUCCCAGACAGACCUGUCUGACACAUCCCAUCCCACUCACAAGACGGAGCAAGGCAAGCAGCACCAGUAGAUGUGUGUGUGUGUGAAUGUGUGUGUCAGGUUCACGAGGCUUGGCUCCACGAUGGGACGAGGGUUGCAGUGAAGGUGCAAUACCCGGGUAUGCACGGAUGCGUGGAGGACGGCUACCUGGCCCCAUUCACGUCUUUUGUCAAUGUGUGUGUGCGUGCGUGUGUGUGUGUGUGUGUGCCUUGGGGCAGGCGUCGAUCGGUCCAUCGAGAGCGACCUCAAAAACCUCCUCAGCCUGGUCAGUCUAGCUAAGUACAUCACCCCGCAUCCAUCCAUCCUUCCAGCUCUUCCUCCCUCCAUUCACUCACUCUAUCUUUGGUGUGUCCAUCCAAUUUGUGUGCCUAUCGUGUAGGUGACCUACACCAAUUUGGUGCCCAAGAGCAUGUACCUGGACGUCUUGGCUCGCGAGAUGAAGACCGAGCUGCUGGCCGAGUGCAACUACGAGAACGAGGCGGGGUUCUACUCCAUCUUCAGGUCGGUCGGUCGCCCGCCCGGCCGGUGCCUGCACUGCACUCACGGGGUGUCCUGUGUGUCUCCUGUGUGGUGUCCAGGAAGCUGUUUUCUGGCCGUGGGGGGCUGUACGUGCCAGAGGUGAUCCACGAGCUCUCGACGAGACAUGUCCUCACCACCGAAUUUGUCACCGGGGUCAGUCAGUAUGCUCUGAUAUACAUGACGUCCCACAGGCGGCCGACCGGUCGGUCUUUGGUGUGUGUCCUAUAUGCGUCAUGCGUCAUCUGUGCAGAUCUCUCUGGACGAGGUGGUGACCACGAUGGACCAGGCGACGCGCGACUCGAUUGCCAAGCGGCUGCUGCACCUCUGCCUGCACGAGCUCUUCAUCUACAAGAUCAUGCAAACGGUAGGCAGGUCACAACACAACACGACAGACACACCAGACAGACACACUGUGUAUGUGUGUGUGGGUGUGUGUGGGUGUGUGAAGGACCCCAAUCCCGCCAAUUUUUUCUACCGAGUAGAGGACGACACUCUGUGCCUCAUCGACUUCGGGGCCGGUGAGUGAGUGCACUCAGCCACACAGACAGACAGACAGACAGACAGCACAGGCGUAGACGCCUCACCGCACACACACCACACCCAUUGUGUGUGGGGGGGUUGCCCUAUCAUAUUAUCAGGUCGUGCUUACCAUCCCAAGUUUGUGGACGACUACAUCCACGUGGUGCAUGCGGCCGCCAGGAACGACUACAACCGAGUGGUGCACUACUCCAAGGAACUCGGCUUCCUCAACGGUCGGUCAGCCGCCGUGCUGCAUGCACAUACACACACGUGUGGGAGGUGAUGUGUGGCCGUGUGUCGUGUGGCGUGUGUCGUGUGGUGUGUCUGCAGGCAGUGAGUCGCGCAUAAUGCUCGACGCCCAUGUGCGGUCCGUCGUGGCCGUCGGUGAGACACACACACACACACAGACACACAGACACCCACGAGCUCACUGAACCGCCGGACUCCGACACUCAGGUGAGCCGUUCUCCGCUGAGGGGAUGUUCGACUUUGCGAGCACCAACAUCGUCAACAAGGCAAGCCUGUCUGUCCACACACCACACACAUAUUGGCUGUCUGGUCUAUAUCUCUGAUGUGCGUCUGUGCGUCCGUCCGUCCGUGUGUGUCCGUGUUUGUGUGUGUGUGUGCGUGUGUGUGUGCAGGUCUAUGAGUUGAGUCCGGUGAUGCUUGAGCAUCGGCAGAAGCCGCCGCCCCCCGAGGUCUACUCGCUGCACCGCAAGCUGGCCGGCUGCUACCUCCUCUGCAUCAAACUCAAGGCACAUGUGCCGGCCAAAGAGGUGCGGGCCCCUCACACACACACACACACACGCCGCCGCCCCCCGAGUCUCUCCAUCCUUUGCUGGUGUGUGUGCAGAUGUUUGACGAUGUGUAUGCCCGCUAUGAGUUCAGCGGCCCAGACACGUACCAGGGGGUCUAGCUAGCUCGGCCCCCCUCGCACACAGCCUCUCCUGUCGGUCUUUUGCGUGUUCUGAUUAUGAUGGUGGGUGGAUGGAUGGAUGGAUUCAUGUGUGUCGAGUAUACUGCAGCAAGCGACCUGACCGCGUGUGUCAACUCACUCGGUUGGCCGGUUUUGUCCAAUGGGCUAUCUCCUGGCUGUCUUGUCUGCCUGUGUGUUUGUCGCCGACAGUAGGUGCUGUUUGUCGUAAGGAGUCAUGACUGACGCCCGAAGGGCUUUUCCUUUCUAUCUUUGUCGUAAGGACAGAUCGAUGGGGAGUGUUUGUGAGUGUGUAGCAUGCCUUCCUUCAUGUGGACAGGGGAUUGCAUUGUGCAUUCACCGACAAGUGAGAGAUAGACCGCCGACUGACUCACCAGACACGUCAGUCAACGCAUCAAGUCACUCAUCGCGG